UCGCUCACUCCUUGCACCGUUACUACUAUUAUGACUUGUUAGCUCAGUGACAGCGAACGCGCUUUCAAGUCUCUUGGGUCCAUUCACUGAUAAAAACACAGACACACACCAAUCCCAACUGAAGCUGUCAUUACAUGUUACCUUAGAAUUUAUUAGAACUUUGGAACCAGUCCAUGCUUUACUUUACUUUCACCCUUUUGCUUCUUCCUUCUACAUCUUCUUCAACUACAUUUUUUUUUUCUUAAUACGUUUGCUCUUUCCAAAUUUGCUUCCUUUGGAUAUUAACCUUAAAUUCUUGCAAGAAACACGCUUUUCUUGCUGCAAGAAUGGAAAAGAACAGGAAACUCAGCCGCUUGCAGGAUCUUUGUAUAGCUUCGCGCCUUGUGGCGGUUUUUUUCUUGUUUCAGAGUUUGGGUUUGUGUUGUUCUUUGAAUGAAGAAGGUAAUGCUCUUUUGAAGUUCAGGCAGAGAAUAGUGAGUGACCCUUUUGGUGCUUUGUCAAAUUGGGUGGAUGAUGAUUCAUCUUUUGACCCUUGUAAUUGGUUUGGAGUUGAGUGCUCAGAUGGAAGAGUUGUCGCCUUGAAUUUGAAGGAUCUCUGCCUUGAAGGAACUCUGGCACCUGAGCUUGCGAAACUUAUCCACAUAAAUUCCAUUAUUUUACGGAACAACUCUUUCUCUGGGACCAUCCCUGAAGGAUUUGUGGAGUUAAAAGAAUUGGAGGUUUUGGAUUUGGGAUACAACAACUUCAGUGGACAUCUACCUGCUGAUCUUGGGAGCAAUAUCUCACUAGCAAUCCUCUUGUUGGAUAACAAUGAAUUUCUUGUUGGUUUCUCACCGGAAAUUAAUGAACUGAGGCUGCUUUCUGAGUGCCAAGUGGGUGAAAAUCAGCUAACUAAUGCUGCUAAAAUGCCAGCGUGUAUAGAAAGAGCCACCACAUGGCAUAUUGGUCAAGGUAAAGGUAUUGCUCGUGGCCUACUGCAACUUAAAAAACCAUUUCAUCGUACUCAUGAAGAUCCUCGUAAUCGUGCGGCUAAUCCACCACAAGAGAAGCCUUCACUUCCUUCUCCUCCUUCACCAGUGCCAAAGCUAUCUCCCCCUGAGAAAAGUGCUUCUAAGUCUCCUACUCCACAUUCUACACCAGGUUCUCGAGCACUACCUAAAACUGAAAAAAGCACUUCACCAAAGGUUCAUAUUUUGGUUGGAGUUAUAGGUGGUGCAGUGUUUCUUCUUUUUUCAACCAUUGGCUUAUAUAUUUGUAAAACAAAGGUGGUUAAUGUCAGACCUUGGGCCACGGGACUAAGUGGACAGCUGGAGAAGGCAUUUGUAACUGGCGCUCAAAAGCUAAGGAGAUUGAAUCUUGAAGUAGCAUGUGAAGAUUUUAGUAAUGUAAUCGGUACUUCACCUAUUGGCACAGUGUACAAAGGAACUUUGUCUAGUGGCGUUGAAAUUGCUGUAACUUCUGUUCCGGUGACAUCAUCCAAGAAUUGGUCAAAGACUUUAGAAGUUCAAUUUAGAAACAAGAUAGAUACAUUAUCGAAAGUGAACCACAAGAAUUUUGUAAAUCUUAUUGGAUACUGUGAAGAGGAGGAGCCUUUCACCAGAAUGUUGGUUUUUGAAUAUGCCCCAAAUGGAACACUAUUUGAGCAUUUACACAUAAAAGAGGCUGAGCACUUGGAUUGGGUAACAAGGCUUAGAGUUGCAACGGGUAUGGCUUAUUGCUUGCAGCAUAUGCACCAAUUGGACCCUCCUAUGGCCCUUAUCAAGCUGAAUUCUCAAACUGUUUACUUGACUGAUGAUUAUGCUGCCAAACUCUCAGAUUUUAGUUUUUCCUAUGAAAUAACCUCAGCUGAGACAAAAGCCAUUGACAUGCCAAAAGCAAGUCUAGAAACUAACGUUUAUAGCUUUGGUGCUUUGUUAUUUGAGAUGGUUACUGGUCGUCUCCCUUAUUCAGUGGAACAAAGGGACUCCCUUGAAAACUGGGCAUCACACUAUUUACAAGGAGACCAACCUCUCAGGGAUAUGGUGGAUCCAAUUCUUGAAUCUUACCAAGAGGAUCAGCUUGAACAAGUUGCUGCAUUGAUUAAAUCUUGUGUGCAUCCAGAUCCAAAGCAGAGACCAAUAAUGAAAGAUGUCAGUGAGAAGCUAAGAGAGAUAACAAAGAUAACACCCGAAUCAGCAGUUCCAAAACUUUCUCCACUUUGGUGGGCAGAGCUUGAGAUUGCUUCUACAGAAGUGCGUUGAAACCAGUGAAGCAGAUUGUAGUUAAGUUCCAAAGGCUUUUAACGUUGUGAUCCUUUUUCCAUAAAAAGUUGUUAAAAAGCAUCUAUUUUUAUGUUGUAGAACAUGGUCGCAAAUGACUUAUGGGAGACCAAAAAUGUGCAGUGAUUUUCUUUCGGUGCAGCUUUUUAUUGUAGUUUAUGGAAUUGCACUGAGAAGCAGUUUUUUGUGUAUCAGUUAAUUUCAAUUCAGUUCAUUAGGCGAAUCAAGAUAUUUGCAACUCUUUCAUUCU